AUGAAGAUGGCCGCAGUUACCUUUUUCACAGCCGUAGCUCUUCUCUGUUAUGCCUCAGCUCAAAACUCCUCGACCACCCUCCUUCUACCGGAUGGCCUCUUCUGGGUAACCCCUCCGUCGCCGCAGACGUUUCUUGGCGCAAUGACCGUCACCGACAAGACGACCUACUACACGAUCGACUGCGGGAACUUCAACGAUACAUUAUUCUGGCCUGGAUCCAGUGGCUGCGCCAACAACAACAGCUACACCUUUUCCGCAGAUUCAGCCAACACCCAAUAUCUCAUGCCCAACAUCAACCUCGGCCAAGAUCCAUUCUCCGUCACCACUCCCGUCCCCACCUGGCUCGAAGCCUUCAACCAAACCGUGACGAUCAACUGCGACCCCCUCAACACGGCCAGCUGGGCCCGCUGCGUGACCACCACCCUCUACAACAACGAAGACGCGGACGACAAAUCCAUCAUCAGCUCCACCAUCGUCACCCAGCAAAGCACCGUGCACGAGUCGUCCCUCUACCCCGUCAUCUUCACCGCCCCCGGCCUCGCCGCCGCCGCCGCCGCCGCCGCCCCAGGACACCCUCGCGCCAUCCACCACCACCACCGCCGCACCCCCACCCACCACCACCCCCCCCCCCUCCACCGCCCCACCCUCACCCACCCACCCCCCGCCCGCCCUCACCCCGGGCGCCAAAGCCGGCCUCGGCGUCGGCGUCCCCCCUCGGCGUCCUCGCCCUCGCGGGCCUCGGCCUCCUCCUCCUGCGCGGCCACGUCAAGCACCGGGAACACGCGCGCCUGA